CAGCCUCAGGAGGUGAAACAGAAGAGAACCUGCUGAUGUGCAGAAGGCCAAAGUAGCCAGCAUCAGCAUCAUGAAUGGAGCCGAGGAUGUAGAAAGGCAGCAAGCUGGAGGUGCCUUGGAUCGGGGCAUCUGGAUUCAUCAAGGACAGCUUUUUUCAGGUCUAUGAACCAGCUAUGGUUACUACAAGGCUUCCUGGCAGUGUUUGCUGCACCUUGCGUAACUACUGAUGAGAGACCUUCAUCAGCAGAGCACUUGGAAAAGUUUCUGACCGAAGGGCCUGGGAGCUCCCUCCAGUGGUGCUGUGGGACGCUUCAGCCAAUCCAAUGCACCCUGACAACAAACUGCCCAGCCAUGGCAAGGCAGGCAGCAGCGGUGCCCCAGCCCAGCACCACAACGUGAGCCAAGCACCCACCUGCAACCUGGGCUCAAAGGGUGUGGGGGCGGGCAGCCAUGGCGGCAAGGCCACUCAGAUCUCCCCUGGCAACUCUGGACUGAAAAACAGCCAGAACACUGUCCCAAACUUCAGCUCCUUGAAGGGCAAGGUGAAACGGGAACGAAGCAUCUCAGUGGACUCUGGAGAGCAACGAGAAGCCAGCACCCCUUCGCUGGACACAGAAUCGAAAGGUGAGGUAGCUCCCCGUAGCAAGCGGCGGUGUGUGCUGGAAAGGAAGCAGCCAUACAGUGGGGACGAAUGGUGCUCUGGACCAGACAGCGAGGAAGACGACAAGCCCAUCAGCAGUGCACACAAUUGUAAUGUAGCAGACCCUGCAAUGUCCACAGCCUCGCAGCUUGGCCCAGGGUCCAACCCGUUGCCAAACCUGAACGAGACCAGUUCUUCCAGCACGCCUCAUGGUGCUGCCCCAGGCUUACGGUCAGACGGUGCAGGAGGUGGAGGCAGCGGAACAGGAAAGCAGCCUUCACAGUUUGUUUACGUCUUUACAACGCACCUUGCUAACACAGCUGCGGAAGCUGUCUUGCAGGGCCGAGCUGACUCCAUUCUGGCCUAUCAUCAGCAAAACGUCCCGCGGGCAAAGUUAGACCAGGCACCAGCUCAUAAAGUGCUGGGGGUUGCUGAGCAGCCUCCGAUUAACCCUCCUGCUGCCAACACUCCACAGACCCAGCCACCAGCACCUCAAGCUAGUCAGCCACAGCCUCCCCCACCACAGCCUCCUCCUCCACCUCAGUCCAUCAGUCAAACAGCUUUGCCUGCACCCAGCACCCUGCCCCAGGAAGGGACAAGUGAAGAUGUCCGGAGAGAUCUGACUCCCAACUCUCUGGGAAACAACAGUGCCAGCAACCAGCCCGGAAAUAACCACCCAAAUACGCCCACUGCAUCUGCCAACACCAUGCAGCCUGGGCAAGUGGACUCUGCUACAUCCAGCUCCAGCCUCCUCGGUGAGGGCCCAGGCUCAGGGAUGCAGGGGAACGGGCAGGCAGGCCUGGGCCCCAGAAACCCUAUGAACUCAGAGGGGCUCUCUAAGGAGCAGCUGGAGCACCGAGAGCGCUCUCUGCAGACCCUGCGGGACAUUGAGCGCCUGCUGCUGCGCAGUGGGGAGGCUGAGCCAUUCAUGAAGUCCAGCCAAACCACAGGUGAGGGUGGGACUGCCCCUCAGCCACAGGCUGCCCCUGCCCAGCCACCCGUACCCCCUGCCAGCAUGAAGAAGUACGAAGAGCCUCUGCAGUCCAUGAUUUCCCAGACCCAGAGCCUUGGUGGCCCCAGCCUGGAGCAUGAGGUACCCCACCAUCCAGGCACUGAUAUGGGGCAGCAGAUGAACAUGAUGAUGCAGCGGCUGAACCAGGACAGCCUGACACCAGAGCAAGUGGCCUGGAGGAAGUUGCAGGAAGAGUACUAUGAGGAGAAGCGCCGGAAAGAGGAGCAGAUCAGCAUCCAUGGACGGCCCAUGCAGGAGAUCAUGAUUCCACAGUCUAUGGGCAGCAUGAUGAUGCGUGGGCCCCCACCACCUUACCACAGCAAGCCUGGAGAGCAGUGGCCAGCAGGGAUGGGCAGCCAGCUGCGGGGACCUAUAGAUGUGCAGGACCCUAUGCAGCUAAGGGGAGGGCCACCCUUCCCAGGGCCACGAUUCCCUGGAAAUCAAAUGCAGAGAGUCUCUGGCUUUGGAGGGAUGCAGAACAUGUCCUUGGAUGCUCUUGGGCCCAUGAAUACUAUGCAGAGGCCAGUCAGGCCUGGCAUGGGAUGGAGUGAUGAUCUGCCUCCUAUGGGAGGCCCUGGGAACUUUCCGCAAGGCUCCCUGCCGUACCCAUCAGGGCAAGGGGACCCUGAAAGGUUCAUGAAUCCCCGUGCCAGGGAGGAGAUCCUGAGGCACCAGCUGAUGGAGAAACGCCCAGUCACAAUGCAGAGGCCCAUGGGGAUGUCCAGCAACUCCAUGAGCCAGGGUAUGGAGAUGGAGAGGAUGAUACAAGCUCACAGGCAGAUGGAUCAAUCCAUGUUUGCUGGGCAGAUAACAGGGGAUAGCCUGAGCAGUGCCCCAAUGGGAAUGGAUUUUGCAGGCACUCGGGGGAUGCUGAGUCCCCCUAUGAGCCAGUCAGGCCUUCGGGACAUGGAUGCACCCAUGGGCCCUGGCAACCUCAACAUGAACAUGAAUGUCAACAUGAACAUGAACAUGAACCUCAAUGUCCAGAUGACCCCCCAGCAGCAGAUGAUGAUGUCACAGAAGAUGAGGGGCCCUGACAUGAUGGCCCACCAGGGUAUGAGCCCCGAGGAGCUGGCCAGGGUGAGGGCUCAGAAUGGCAAUGGCAAUGCUAUGCUGGGGGGGGCGCAGAAAAUGGUGAUUCCCUCCCAGUUCCCCAGCCAAGGACAACAAGGCUUCUCAAGCGGGCAAGGACCGUACCCCAACAUGCCCCAGGAGAUGGGCAGCACCUCAGACAUGUUCAGCCCUGAGCAGGGCACCAUGCCUGUUGGGAGCAUCAGCGGCACCACCAGACUCAGCCACAUCCCUCUGCCUCCAGCCACCAAUCCUACUCCUGCACAAGGGGGCAACUUGGCCAACAUGCAUCCAGCACCUUCCCGGGGGCUGGGCCGCCGGCCCUCUGACCUCACCAUCAACAUCAGCCAGAUGAAUUCCCCCAGCAUGGGUCACCUCAAGUCCCCCACCCUCAGCCAAGUGCACUCACCACUGGUCACUUCCCCUUCUGCCAACCUCAAGUCCCCACAAACGCCCUCACAGAUGGUCAGCAUGCCACCUUCUAACCAGUCUGGACCCCUUAAGUCCCCCCAGGUGAUGAGCUCCUCACUUAACGUCCGGUCCCCGACUGGCUCACCAAGCCGCCUGAAGUCCCCUUCUAUGGCUGUUCCUUCCCCUGGUUGGGUGCCAUCUCCCAAAGCCACAAUGCCCAGCCCAGGAGUCAACCAGAGCAAGCAGACACUCAGCAUGAACUCUUCCGCUUCCAUGGCAGGACUGGAUCAGGGUUCUCUCCCUUCGGGGCCCAGGAGCAGUUCUUCGGCACCAGCCAGUAACCAACCAGCCUCUAGCACCAUGAAUCCCAAUAUGCCUUUUACUUCCUCUCCAGAUCCAUCCCCCUCCCAGAACCCCCUUUCUCUGAUGAUGUCUCAGAUGUCCAAGUAUGCUAUGCCCAGCUCCACACCUCUUUACCACAAUGCCAUCAAAACCAUCGCCACCUCUGAUGAUGAGCUGCUGCCAGACAGGCCUAUGCUUCCACCGGGAAGCAUGUCAGGUGUGACAGGGAAUCAGACAAAUCAACUGCACUUAAACUCCGUGGGACCUGGAUCCUCUCAGAGCCCCAUGGGAAUGAACCUGCCUGGUCAGCAGCCUCUCUCCCAUGAACCACCCCCUACCUCCAUGAUGUCCUCCCCAAACCCACUGGGCUCCAACAUUCCUAUGCACCCAAGUGCACCAGGGGCAGGCGUACCCCCCCCAAACCCCAUGAUGCUGCCCCCAGGGCCCCAGGACUCGCUGAACCAGCAGUGCGGCCCUGUGCCAAACAGUUCGCAGAUGAUUCCUUCCAACCAGCUCGUGUUCCCCCGCAUGCAGCAGCCCCACAAUGCCAUGCAGUCUCCUGCAGGAGGCAUGCCCAUGGUCCCUGGCGGGGCAGGUGGCCCUGGCAUGCAGCAGCAUUACCCCCCAGGAAUGCCAUUGCCACCUGACGACCUUCCUGCCCAGCAGCCCGGCCAGAUGCCCCCUCAGCAGCACAUAAUGGGCAAGAACAUCCCUCCUCGGAUUGGUGAGACCUACCCUGCCGUGCUCCCUGGGGUGGCAUCGGUGCUGAAUGACCCCGAGCUCAGUGAGGUCAUCCGCCCCACGCCCACCGGCAUCCCAGAGUUCGACCUCUCCAGGAUCAUCCCGUCAGAGAAGCCAAGCAGCACCUUGCAGUAUUUCCCCAAAAGUGACAGCCAAGCACCCAAAUCACAGCCUUCCAACCUCCACCUCAUGAACCUGCAGAACAUGAUGGCUGAUCAGCCCCCUGUGCGGCCAGGUAUGAAUGCUCCCAGCCUUCCAGGGCAGCAAGGCGUGCAGCGGGGACUCGGCAUGCCCAUGUGCCAUCCCGGACAAGUGCCCAUGCUGGGCAGGACAGGCAUACCGCCCCAACAGGGCAUGAUGGGCAACAGCAUGCACCAGGGCAUGAUGUCUCCGCAGCAGAGCCUGAUGGCCCAGCAGAAUUUCAUGCUGAUGCAGGCCAAGCAGAGGAGCAUGUCUGUGUCAGGGGAGAUGUAUGCCCAGACGGGACACAUGAUGUCACCUCAGGGCUCGCUCAUGGGGCCCCCGCCGCAGCAGAACCUAAUGGUCACGCACCAGAUGAGGCAGAGAAGUGUCUCCCUGGACAGCCAAAUGAGUUACAUCCCCGGGCCAGGGAACAUGGCAAACCUGCCUUUCUAAGCAUGGCUGGUGCACUGGGACAGGGAGGGGCCAUGCCUGAUUGUACAAACGUUUUUAAACCUUUCGUCGGGGGCGGGUUGGGGCCAAUGCCAGUGGAGGACACCAAGUGGGAUGCUUUUCAUAUCAGAUUUGCCUCUCUACAGAAAACCACAUGUGCAGUAAACUUGAUGUGAAUUGUUCUUUUUUUUUUUCUUUUUUUUUCCUCCCUUUUUUGGGGGGAAAGGGGAGGGUGGAGGGACUGGGAGUGGGAGUGGGGCUGUUAAUUUUGAACCCUGUGUGUUGUCCAGGGACUUCCAGGCCCUGUGGCAGUUUGUAAAGUUUUCAUUUAUCAUUUUCCUCCUUCAAGUGUUUUUCUUUCUUUCUUUUUUUUUUCCUUCUCUCUCCUUUUUUUCCUUUUUCCUUUUUAUUUUUCCUUUUAAGCAACCAAAAUGCGCAAGAGGGUUUUUGGAACUAGCUGUAAAUAGGUCGCUGAGAAAGGCAAAACUUGUGCUGGUUUUUAAUUGUUCUGUAUUUCUGUGUUUUAAUAGAAGCCUGAAAACAUGUUUUAAAAAAAGAACGAAAAACAUGCUAAAGGCAACAGUGUACAAGGAUUGAAAGCUCUCCUUGGGGGAGGCAGGAGGAUCCCCCAGGGUGCACAGGGCAUUGAGAGAUUCCAUUAUAGAGUGACUCUUUGUCAAACCUGUGUUAUUCAUGCAUUUGAACAGUUUGCAUGUGCAGGGUGUACGGUUUCAUGCAGAUCUUAGGCCCCUGUGGAGUCUGUGCUGAGCACAAGAACACAACCAAUGACUGAGGACCACUGGGGAGGUCAGAACUGUGGCCCCAGUCACUGGAGCAGCGCUCAUCUGGCUGGGCAGAGGCCAUAGCUUCUUAGGAUCCAUGGUGAAGCUGCUUUGGCUGUGAAAGGGAGAAUGCCAGCUGGCUGGCUAGAGAAGCAGCAAGGAUCCAGGCUCUGCAGAUAAUAACAUGCUGGGCCUGAAGGUCUCAACCAGCUGUGCCAUCUCUAGUCUCUUCUUUUCCCUUCAUGCGGUGUGUCCUGUCGGCAGGGUGGCAUAGGGAUAGGUGUGAGGUGAGCUGGAUGGUUCCUUCUUGUGCUUCCAGGAGAGGCCAGCUGGGAGCCCUGCCCUUUUACAGACUUCCUACACCAGUCCUUUACCCACCCAUUGUCCUCCAUGAUCACAACGUGUCCCCUCUACCUCUGCUGUUGAAUGGUCUGCCAGGUCUUCCUUCCUCAUCACACUUGCCUGUCCUCAUCUGGGCUUUCAUAGGCAGUCUUUGUUCCAUCUUGCCCCGAGCUACCUGUUGCAGCCCUGCCGUACUGCACUGUAGAGGGCUAGCUGUUGAAGAUGAGCGGUCCCUGCAUGCAAUACUACAUCUCAGAUUCAGAGUUGUCUUUGUAUGGUGUCAGCUGUGUGGCUGUUGUGUGUCACGAGCUGUCCACGGGCUGCUCCAUGUUUCUGAUAUAAGAGGCUGAGGUUCUUAUUCCUAGGCUGACGGAAGCCAUUUAAACAACUCAGGCUUUUCUGGAUGUGCUUCACCCUCCCAUCCUCCAUUCUGUAAGGUCUUCCUGCACAUGGCACCAGUGUUUUUUCCUGUGUCUGUCCACUGAAGGGACUGUGGGAUUAAGCACAUGCACUUCUGUACACACAGGAUCUCUGGAUCUCUGCAGGGACCACGUUCCAGCAUGGUGUACCCUAUGGGUAUCCCACUGUGAACUCAGGGCACUUGAUUGCCACAUGAACACCAGCUGGAGGAUUAUCUCUGCAAAGCCAGACGUAGCAUACUACCUCUCUUGUAACAGCGCUCACCUUUCCCUACUUGAAACCACAGGGAGGAGAAGGCUUUCAGAAGGGAAGGUUGUCAAGUGGAGAGGGAUUGGCAAAGCUUUUUAUUGUGUUGCAAGCUGUUAGAAAAGACUGGCAGGUGGUGAAAUGUCAAUCCAGUGUCUGCGUUGAUUGGAUCUGUAAUAAGAUUUAGCCAGAAAGUCUAAUCAGGAAUACCUUGAAGCAUUGGGGUAUUUGUAGAGUGCAGUACUAGGUUGUAAGUGUGGGUCUGGAUUUGAGAAAGAACUUCACUCUGGUCUCCUGCUUUGUGUUGUUUAUGAUUUGACUGAGCAUCGUUUUCAAAAGUCGCAAAACAGGAACAAUCCUGGAAAGUGCUCGUCCCUGCCUUGGCAGUUAGGGCAAAGAGGAAUGGUCUUCAACCCGGGCUAAGUAAGUGUGCUUUGGACCUGACAUUGUAGCUGCUUGGAUUCUCCAUCCUUUCAGACUGUGUGUUUCAUCUGGGAGGAUGUGGCUCGAGCAGAUGCAGCUUUUUCUUAGCUUGACUAGCCUGAAAGGCUGUGGCUUCCCUUGGCCGCACUUUGGGGUGUUGGCUGCUGGUAUUUUCUUGUAAACAUCCAAAUACCAGUGCCAUCCCCGAACCUUGCUCAUCACCCACCGGCUAGUCUCGGUUAGUUUAAAGCCAUAAUAUUUUUUAUUAAAAAAAAAAAAAAAAAGCUUUUUUGUUUGUCUGUAGACAGCUGUUAUUUUGGUCCAGUUAAGAUCUCUGCCUGUCAGUACCUUCCCUGUUGUCCCCUCCACCCAGCCCAACUCAGAAGUUGCCUAGGGCUCCCCAUCUCGUCACUCUGUCAGCAGCACGUUGUCCCUGUGUCAGCCCGAGCCCGCAGCGCACUGCUCCGCAGCACUGGAGAAGCCACCGCUGCCUGCACGUGGGCAUGGGCAGCCUGAUGGCAGGAGGAAGUUCUGUCCUUCGGUGAUAAAUUACUAGGAAGCAAACCCUUUCAACUCAGCAGGCCUGUAUACAAAAGGGAAAUCCUGGCAUUAUUUCAGCUGUGAGCUGUGGAUUUCAGAGCAGCAGUCAGGGCUCUUCCUCAAAAUCCCCCUGCCCUGAAGCCAGCCAGCCCUACCCUGACUGCUGUGAUGGGUGAACCACAGGGAGAUGAGGUGCUGCACAACACCUUCUGCCUGGUCACCGCUCCCAGCUGUGCCCGAGAUCAGCACUUAUGGCAGGAGCUUCUCUGGAAGCUAAGUAACAGCGAGUCCUUGUUAGACCUGGGCAGAGUUUACCCGCUGCCGUGAGCUGUGUCUAGUCUUGUGUCUUGUAGUUUAUUGCUCGGCUUCUCAGCUUGAGUUCUGUGUACUGACUCCACCUAAUCACAGUAAAAGGUUUGCCCAUGUUUUAGCCAUGACUUUGCAAUGUUUUUCUGGCUCUGAAAAGUAAACGUUGGGAAACAGCAUCUUUCAGUACAUCAAAUAAUCACACACCUGGAAUUAGCUUUCACAUUGAGGUAAUGGUGACUGACCUGUUCUCUGUCAUCCCAUGGAGAAACUUCCCCAGUCAUUUUGUACCAUUAUAUAAAUAUAUAUAUAAAUAUAAAUAUAUAAAUACAAUAUGUGAAGACAUCUUAUUGGUUUUUAUUUGAAACAAUUUUUAGGCUUGUUUUUGGGUAUCUGUGCUGCCUGUAAUGUAUUGACCUGUUUUAUAGGUGCCUUUUUAUUAAAAAGACAAAUUUCAAAACCUGA